CCCCCAUCUUCAUAUUCGAACGCGAACGCUAUCGCAGGUCCUAGCUCAGGUCCACGUGGGUUCGGCAUGCAGCCAAGUACAGGUUUCCUCGGCUUCGGCGCUGAUGAUUCAACCAUGGCGACGCCUACGCCCGCUGCCCCACCUCGUCUGAGGCAUAAGAAACCCUUGCCAGACUUCAGUCUCAAUCCUUCGAACGGCGCUGGUCCCAGUACGCCCAUUGGCUCGAGGGGCGUUCACUUGAGGAAGAAGGAUAAGUCGUCACGAUCCUUCGCGCAGGCGAAGGUUUCUCAGAAUGGCGUGAAUGCGAACGGAGGUGGCAACGACGGGAUGGCAGAUCCUGACUGGUUCACGAUGAAUGAGGAGGAGGAGAACGGUGCGGGCACGGCAACGGGCACGGAGUCGGUCUAUGAUGGCAUGACUUCAUCGAAUGGUGUCGUCGGUGUCAAUUCAGAGUUGAAGAAGCUGAAGAAGGAGAUGGAGAGCCUGAGGAGGCAAGCUGCGAGUAACGCAAGGGCUGCGAAUGAACAAUCAAAGAUCAUACAAGAACUCAGAAGAGAGCUGAGCGUAGCCGCAAAGACGAAUAAAGACCAAACUGCGCUCAUUGAAAAGCUCAAGAAAGAGUCACGCCAAGCCGACGAGACUAUAUCGAACGUCGAAGGAGCUCUCCAAUGUCAAAUCUGCAUCGACACGCUCUCCAAGCCAUACUCCCUUUCCCCCUGCGGUCAUAUCCUCUGCCUGCACUGUCUCCAAGACUGGUUCCGCGCCGCCCCAAUCGACCCCUCCGACCAAAUGGAAAUAGACUCCGAAACCGACGAACCCCUCCCCCUCACCCAACGCCGUAAGACCUGUCCGUGUUGCAGAGCCAGGGUCAAAGAGAGGCCCGUGAGGAGUUUUGUGGUCAGAGGACUGGUGGAGGUCAUCAAGAAGGCGAAGACAGCGAAAGAGGCACAGGCGGCGGCGAGGGCUGCGGCAAGUGCUGGUGCGGGUGCGGGUGCGGUUGCGAAUGUGGUGAGAGGUAGCAGUCCGCCGCCCGAGAUGGAGGGUGAGGAUCCGUGGGAGGGCAUAUUUGAGGAGCCGUACUCUAGUGAAGAAGAGAGUGGAGAUGAUGAUGAUGAGGAUGAUGAAGACGACGACGAAGAUGGGUCUGAUAUCGAAGAGGAUGAGAAUGAUAUGGAAAUGGUGACUUCUGAGGAUGAUGAACGCGCGAUGGGGACGGGAAUGGCAGAAGACGACGAUGAGGAGGACGAUGAUGACGAUGACGGGGCGGAAAUGACGGAUGGUGCGAAUAUGGACGAAAGCGGGACUGGGAGGAGGGUGACGGUGUUCGAAUGGUUGGCCUCGCGUGCUGGCAGAGGUAGAGGUAACCUCAACGGAAAUGCGAACGAAAAUGCCAAUGCCAGUGCAGAUCAGGGCGAAAGUGACGAGGAGGAUGGGGCUUCAGUUUAUGUCUCUGGUUCAGAGGGCGCUGCCGCCGUCGGUUCCGACGAGCACGAGCACACCGGGUCCGAAAUGGACGAUGGAGAAGGACAAAAUCAAGACGACGACGAUUCCGACGACGAUUCGUCUAUAUAUUCGAAUUCUUCAGAUGAAGAUUACCCCGGUCCUUGGAUCUCACCAAGUUGGGAACCCCCGCUCCACCACCCUUCGUCCACUCUCAUAACCUCCCAGCUCCCACAUUCUCAUGCCCACCCACACUCGCCCCACCUCACCCAACAAAUUCAACUCUUAUCCCGUGGCGUAACGAACGAGAUGUUGCGUCUAUAUCCCGGCCGAUGGAGAUACACUCAUGAAGAAGGUAUCGUGAUGCGAGAAUUCGGAGUCGAAAUCUGGCUUGGUUGGAACCUGAGGUUACGAGAGAAUGAAAGUGAAGGUGGAGAUGGAGAGGGAAGCGGUGCGGAGAGGUUUUUCAGGCGGAUCUGGGAGGAGAUGUAUGAGGGGAGACCCGAGAGGUGGAGGAGGGAACCGAUACCGAAUCCGCCGACGCCGCCGCUUCAUACAGCUUCGCUUGGGAGACGUGGUGGGAGGAGAGGAGGAGCGUUCGGUGGACGGUUAUCGGAGGGAGGAGGAAUGGGGCCGGUGACGGAGAGGGUUGUGAGGCUGAUUAGGGCGGAUAGAGAGGUCGAGUAUGAGUCGAGUGAUUCGGAGGCGGAUUAUGGGCAAGAUCAGGAGGACAUGGAUCAGUAAAGAAGAUGUCUUGAAUAAGGCAGGUAUAUAUCAUAUUCCUUCUAUGCCUAGACGGAGAUAUCUGUAUAUUGUGUACUUCGUCUUGUGUAUUCCUUGUAUGUAUUGGGUUCGAGCCACUCAAGAAUACAAGACCG